AUGGCCGCCGCAGCUAGCUCGACCUCGGCCUCCCCGGCUACCGUUUUCCCUCGCAGUCAUGUCGGUUUCGAUAGCAUCACCUCGCAGAUUGAGCGGAAGCUGCUGAAACGUGGUUUCCAAUUCAACGUGAUGUGUGUUGGUCAAACCGGUCUGGGUAAAUCCACACUGAUUAACACCAUCUUUGCCUCCCACUUGAUUGACUCGAAGGGCCGCCUGACCCCCAAUGAGCCUGUCCGGUCAACCACUGAGAUCCAGGCCGCUUCCCAUAUCAUUGAGGAAAACGGAGUACGCCUCAGGCUCAACAUUGUUGAUACCCCUGGGUACGGCGACCAAGUCAACAACGACAGAUGCUGGGAUCCGAUCGUGAAAUACAUCAAAGACCAGCACUCUGCAUACCUCCGAAAGGAACUGACUGCUCAGCGCGACCGCUACAUCCAAGAUACCCGUAUUCACUGUUGCUUGUUCUUCAUACAACCAUCUGGGCAUGCUCUCAAACCAAUUGACAUCGUGGUCCUGAAAAAGUUGUCCGACGUUGUCAAUGUCGUUCCCGUCAUCGCCAAAGCCGAUUCUCUCACCCUUGAAGAACGUCAGGCGUUCAAGGAGCGGAUCAAGGAGGAAUUUGCUUUCCACAACCUGAAGAUGUAUCCUUACGAUAACGAUGAACUCGACGAUGAAGAGCGAGCCGUCAAUGUCCAGAUCAAGGAUAUCAUUCCAUUCGCUGUCGUCGGUAGUGAGAAAACCAUCGUUGUCAAUGGCCAACAAGUUCGUGGCCGCCAGAACCGAUGGGGUGUCAUCAAUGUGGAGGAUGAGAACCAUUGCGAGUUUGUGUAUCUGCGGAACUUCCUGACUCGCACCCAUCUCCAGGAUCUCAUCGAAACAACAAGCCAGAUCCACUAUGAGACGUUCCGUGCCAAGCAACUUCUUGCACUGAAGGAGAGUAGCGCUGCAGGAGGCCAUUCUGGCGGUAGCCGACCUAUCAGUCCCUCUGCCGACAGAGAACUGAGCCGCAACUCGCAGCGAAUGACCAUGAACGGCUACUAA